GGAUGGCUCCAUCAUCGAAACGCCAAUCACCGCGAACUUCCGUGAAGGUCUGAACGUACUCCAGUACUUCAUCUCCACCCACGGUGCUCGUAAAGGUCUGGCGGAUACCGCACUGAAAACUGCGAACUCCGGUUACCUGACUCGUCGUCUGGUUGACGUGGCGCAGGACCUGGUGGUUACCGAAGACGAUUGUGGUACCCAUGAAGGUAUCAUGAUGACUCCGGUUAUCGAGGGUGGUGACGUUAAAGAGCCGCUGCGCGAUCGCGUACUGGGUCGUGUAACUGCUGAAGACGUUCUGAAGCCGGGUACUGC